GGCUUUUGUUUUCAUUCGUGCAAUUGGAAGACGGCUAAGCAUGCCGCCUGCGGCUAAAAAGAUGAAACGUGAAGAAAUUCCUAGCCUUGAUAGUGUGUCCUUCGAGUGCUCACAAGUUAAUAAGGAAGGUAAGAAACACAAUUUAGUACUGGCAUCUUGGAACAUAAAUGGGAUACGCGCUUGGGCAGAGAAGAAGGCCUGGAAGUACAUACUGAAAGAAAGUCCUGACGUUAUUUGUUUUCAAGAAACGAAAUGUUCUGAUAAAGAUGUUCCACCUGAGUGUAACUUACCAGGGUACUAUUCGUACUAUAAUUGCGGUACGAAGCCUGGUUACUCGGGAACUGGCUUGUUGACAAAGAAAAAGCCCAAAAAAGUGACAAUGGGAAUAGGCAAAGAACAGCACGAUGAUGAAGGCCGAGUUAUUACUGCUGAGUUUGAUGAGUUUUUCUUUGUUGGCGCGUAUGUGCCAAACAGUGGGAGAGGUCUUGUUAGGCUUAAGUAUCGCACCCAAGAGUUCGACAAAGAUUUCAGGGAAUAUUUGAUGGUGCUCGAUAAACAGAAGCCUGUCAUAUAUUGCGGUGAUCUGAAUGUCGCUCACGAAGAAAUUGACUUGAAGAAUCCAACAUCGAAUCGCAAUAAAACGGCUGGUUUCCAUGAUGAUGAACGAGAACAGUUUACGGAGUUAUUGAGCUCCGGAUUUGUUGACACUUUUCGAAAACUUUACCCGGCUGAGCAAAAAUUUUCUUACUGGUCCUAUAUGGGCAAUGCGCGUGGCAAGAAUGUGGGAUGGAGACUUGACUACUUUGUUGUUUCGGAAAGAAUUUUCGACAAAGUGAAUGACUCAGUUAUUCGUGCAGAAGUCCACGGUAGUGACCAUUGUCCAGUUGUGCUCUUCCUGAACUUGUAAACAUGCUCUGCUGUACAUUAUUUUGCUUUGAAAUUGUUUUUUUUUUUUUAAUUUUCUCUUUCUCCACAUUGUCUGUGUCCAAUGUUGAAUUUCUAUCUGCAAAAUAACCUUCGUUAUUUAUCUAACAAAGGAAGACAAAAAAAUUUGAAUCAUGUAGCAAUUCAGCUUCGUUCGUUCA